AUGGGUGGAUGGGUGGCUGGCUGGCUGGCUGUCGGCCGCGGAACUCUCACUCAGCUGACCGUCAGCGACGCCUCGAUGGCCAUGGUUAGCCUAACGUGCGGACGCAACGAACGUUCACUACUCGUAAGCGUAACGCGUCUUUGCGCACUCCGCACACCAUAUGACCCCUCCGCGCGCGCGGGUGUUGUUCAAGGCUGGCCGCACCACACGUACACAUACACUCUCACAAAUAGAUACGUCCGACGGAUUAGACGAUGUCAAGCCGGGCAAAACUCUUGUCAACGAGCGGUGAUUGAGCGUCCUGCGGUCACGAUGUGA